UAGCACAUUUCAAAAAGGCAGAUAGAUGUAGGGCAAAUCUUUCUCACUACCUAAUCAUUGCAGUAAUCUAGGAAUUUUUACGGGAGAAAGAAAACAACCAUGCACUUGCAAUCAGUCCGAACACUCACAUCAUCGGGUUUAAAGCGAGCUCCAGCGGUAGCCCGCUCCCUCUCUACCACCAUGGCUAGAAUGUCAGAUACGGACAAGUCACACGCCACUGGCAAAUCUAAAGUGCCUAAGAAAGUUCAGGAGAAGGUGCCCAAAGAUUUAGAAGACACCAUUCCAGACUCUGUGAGCUCUCCUUCAUUUCCCCAAGAUCAUUUCAUAGCUGAAAUAACUAAUAAUCGUUUUAAGAUCCAUCCUACCGGCAAGGGAUCGGGCGAAUCCACUAGCAAGACUCAUGCGAAGGGCGGAGGCGAGGAGUCGGUGUUGCCUAAGAAGGUCCAAGAGAAGGUCCCGGAAAGCAUUGAGAGGGCCGUACCGAAUUCUCUUCACAACACCGGAGAUAAGUAGAAUAUAAUGAGUAGUCUAUAGAUACCUACACUAGGUAGGUAGUUUAUCAAAUGUCUACCUCCUGUCGAUGACAGGUCCUCGAUGCUCGGUGUAGUUUGUAAG